GACAUCACGGGGCCUGGCUGGAAAGGCGGAAGAGGACACACAAACAACAAGAGCAGCAGUAACAGUAGCUCUGCGACGAUAGUUAGAGAGAGGACGGAUCAAAUUUAACUAUUACCUGAUCGAUUAACCACAUUGACGUUGUGUUCACGGCUAAUUUACCUGUGACUGUUCACAUUUAAUCGGAAAAUGUCGGGUUUAAUCGGUAAGUUAUUCGGCAGCGGAGGUAAAGGUGGGAAAGCUCCCACAGCCCAGGAGGCGAUCCAGAAACUCCGAGAGACCGAGGAGAUGCUGGCCAAGAAACAGGACUUUUUAGAGAAGAAGAUUGACCAGGAGCUGCUGACCGCGAAGAAAAACGGCACUAAAAACAAACGAGGUGAGAGACAGAGGCCUGAAGGGUGGGGUUUAAAGGGUUAGUCCGGGAGUUAGUCAGAGAGUUAGUUAGAGAGUUAGCAUGGAAGCUAACUCAUGAGGAAAAGACCUGAAGGGUUCUGUUUAAAGGGUUAGUCAAUCUGAGACUGCCCCUACCACCGUCUGACAUUCACAGAGCUAUUUUAAGAGCAGCUGACUGAUAGUUUACACGUUAGGACAGCAUAGAGUCAAAUAAUAAUAAUAAUAAAAAAAACUAAAAAAGAGUUCAACCUGACGUGGAGGAAGUGACAGACAGAGAGAGAGAAAGAGCUUUACAUACUAUAUAUCCCUGUCAUUAUUCAAGACUCCAGUCUGUCAGGGAGCUGUAAACCCACAGAGUAAGUUUAGUUCAUCAAAGAUAACUCAUGUGUUUGUAAAACCUUUAAGAAGUGUUUUUGAUCCAAGGAACAUCUAUUUGCUCAGUUCAACAUGUUUGUAAAAAGUAGUUCCAGGUUCUUGUUCCUCAUCAUGAGUUCUCACCUCUUCUUUCACCAACUCUCUGUAGUACUUAGUGGACCCAGCAGACCAGGUUCUGUGAAAUGUUGUCCCAUUCUUGCCUGAUAGAGGAUUUCAGCUGCUCAACACUUCAGGGUCUCUUUGGUCUUGUUUUUGGGUCAUGAUGCUACAAAUAUUUUCACUGGGGGACAAGUCAGGACUGCAUCAGUCCAGUUUCUUAGCAGGACUCUUCUCCUACAGAGCCAUGCUGUUGUAAUCCCUGCAGAAUGUGGUUCGGAUGUUGCUUCAAAACAAAUUGUUCAGCAAUGAUAGCGCCUUAACUGAGCACCCAUGGUUUCCUUAAAGAUUGUCCAAUUUGCAGCUUCUAUAAAAAGGAGGUCCAUCUUAACUGGUUUCAGGUCCAGAGAAGUCUCUGGUGUUUCUGGAUCCUAAUUCUAUCUGGUCUCCUCUGUCAUGGUUCAGUUUGAACCUCAUUAGUGGAUGCAGUACCGAACUGUGUUCACACCCACAGAUGAUGGUUUUCACAGUGAUUCUGAGUCCAUGCGGUGAUUUCCACUCCCGAGCCCUGUCUGUUUUUACUACAGUGCUGCCUGAAGGCCUAAAGGUCAUGAUCAUUCAGUCUUGUUUUUUUUUUCUGUAACUCUGACAACUUUUUUAGAAACAUGUUGAUGACAGAACUCUGACUUUUUUCUUAAAAUAAUAAUAACAAUAAUAAACAUAUACUGGACCUUUUUUUGUAAUCCUCGUCUUUACAGAAAUGUUGAGGUCUAUUUGCUCAGUAAAUCUCACAGAAGGAAACCAGAACUGCAGGGAUGGCCCGGCAGUUUCCAGGGGAGAGAUAAUGUGGCAUUUGUUGAAUUGAUGAGAUUUGUGAGGGCUGUGUCUCUGCUAUAAUGCUGUUAGCCUCAGAGCUGAUGAGCUGAGCUUAAUCUGAAGAUUAAACAUAAAACAGAUAGAAAGUUCAGUACACAGACAACCACACACUCCGACAGUCCUCACGUAUAGAUUUCAUGAUGGUUUUGGUAGAUCAGCAGCCUGUGUCAGCUGGAGCAUGGAGCAGUGCAGUGAGAGAUGUGCCGUAAUUAUAGUCAUAUGACUGAAACUCACCAGGAGCAAUCAAUGAUGAUACUGCAGCAGAGCCGAGGCAGAAAAGUUCCUCUCAGAAACCUUUUACUUAAGCACUCAAAUUACUGACACAAACCGUGAAAAUCAGCAGCUAACGCCACUUUUUCCAGUUGAGAGAAACCUCAAGGUUCACACAGCUGUUUGCUUUGUGAGGAUCCAGGGAGGAGCUCAGGUAAUAACUGCCUCUUUGCUGAUGCGUGCUGGAACAGGCCCUGUAUAACUCCCAACGAGAUAAUCAGGUAUGAAUGAGGGAUGAGCGGUGAUCAUACAAAGGUGGAAAAGAUGGUCCAAGUGCAGCUUCUUGUGAAUCUAGACAGCAGUGUGUCUUUAGUGACCUGUGUGUUCAGGUGAGUGCAGGUGAAGCUUCUUCUGCUUCAGAGCUGUAUCACAGACACUCAGCUGACAGUCACUAACGCAUUUUGUGAGCGACCACCAGUCACUUAAUUAACCUGCCUGUAGAUAUUGCAGAUGAUAAUCAAACAGAACUGUGAUGAAUACAACCUGAUCAUGUAUUUAGAGGGGUGUGACCCCAGCACAGAGUUCCUGUUAACGUUAGAUACAGUUUGAAGGAUGUAGCUUCACGGGAUCAGCUGGUUAGACAUAGACAGGUUAACUAUAGAGAACAGUCUGUGGUCUUUCUGUGGACCCCUGCUGUAAACGGACUCCGCCCUAGAUUAUUGUUAUCACCAUCCAAAUUUAAAUAUUUUAAAAACAGACAUCAUUCUUGUUAAACACUGGUGUAACUGGGUUUAUGAACACACUGCUCUGAUCCAAGUAUUUAUGAUGAGCAUGUGAAGUAUUGUUAGAAUAACUACUCACACUCAGCCAGCUGAGGUUUCAGGGAUCUGUGAUACGACCACAAAUGCUCUCAGAUCACCUGUCUGCUCCUUUAAAACUGGUUUUAAAAAAGUUCUGUUUCUUGUAACACAGUACAGCACUUACUCACAAUGAAACCCGAUUUUCAACAUUUCUCCUCUCCUUACCUUCUUGCAGCUGGAGGGGAAUGAGUGAACACACAGUCUUUAGAUACUUCUCAGCAAACAUACCAAACCUAACUUGAUAUCAGGCUCUGUGUUUUCUGCUUGGUGCAGAUGAAGACAGACUAAACCAGAGCGAGGCCUCUGUGAACACUUUCACACAGCAGAGAAAAGCCUAAGUGAAGCUUCUUCUCUUUACAGACAAACUGAGACUCAGCAGAAACAGGUCCGUGUUCACCCUUAAAGAGAUGCAGUGAGCCCAGACAUGGAUCAGUGUCGUUGUUGUUGGACUGAUGAUACUAAACUGCUGAUUAGACCGUAAACUAUGAAAAGGAAGUUUUCAGUCAUAAGGAGUUGAUGGCAGGAACCGAACAGAAGAGAAAAGUGAACAUUCCCGUAAAUGUGCAAAAGUCCUGAUCGCAGUCACAGGAGUAGAGCUUAGGAGGGCAGAAAAGGACUAACAGAAUUACAGGGACUCUGUGGACCUGGAUAAUAACCUGAUCAUGGUUGGUGUGACGCUUGGUAACAAUGUUAUCAUCCAGGAAUAGACCUGAGUGCUGAUGUAAUCAGAUGAGAUGGAUCUGAGAGCUGUAGUCUGGCUGCUGUAGACCAGACCUACCACAUGCAGGAGGAUGAUAACAGUCAGUUUGUGUUCACGUGUGUGCAGAGCCCUGAAACUCUGUUUUACUGUGUUUUUGGUGGAUUUACAAAGACAUCCAGGACUGGCUAGAGGUGAAGGAUUGGGUUUUUCAAAGGCCCUAUAAGGAGUUUUUAACCAGUUUAAAGUUAAUGAGCUUUACAAUAAACUGAAGCAUCAGGCCACCCAAAGGAGUCUGCUGUAUCACCCAGCAGAGGGUGCUCAUCAUAACUUGGUCCAUCCAGGCGUCCAUGUCCAAGUGACCUCAGUAAACUCAUGCAUCCAAACGUAGAUAUUGUCAAAGCCUUUUAGAGCCGCCCAACCCUGUAACAGGUCUGUGUUUAACCCCCCACUCUGAAUGAACAGGUCUGUGAUUAUGAGUAUGACUCAGCAGGUUCAUAUCAGCAGUUCUCUUCAUGAGCUGAUUUCCCAAGUCCACCUCAGGGGGAUUUCCUCUGUUUUGGUGUAAACGUCACUCUCUGUGGACACAGACCCACAUCAGGAGACCACAUAAAACACAAACCAGACUCAGAACAAACAUGGAGAUUAUCAUCCACACAGUCAGUGUCAAAUACAAUUUAGUGAUUCAGUUAGUUUGAAGAUUGACAGAAUGACUGGCAAAGAUUCAUAAGGACGUAUUAUCAUAAAAAUAAUAAUUAUUAUUUUUAUUGUUAUUCUAAAUUUCCAGUGUUUCCUGUUACAAAGUGAUAUUUUUUUGUGUUUAUUUCACAUCUUAAAUAUCUUUCAGUCAGACACUUUUGCCUUAAAGAGAACUUUUAGUUUCACAAAUCUUGUGCUGAACUUUUUAAUGGGCUGAAACUUUUGAAUUAUUUGUUUAAUAUCUAUAUAAUAUGUUUUUCAAGAGUAAUAAUGGUAAAUGUAAAUAGAGCAGUGCUUUUCUCUCGUACACAGUAUUGAACUUUUUUGAUUUACAGCUUUCAUCUGAAUAUUUAUGAUAUUUGAUAUGGUACAUAUUUUUUUAUUAUGCAUUUAUGAUAUCUGAAAUAUCAAGACUUGAUUAACUUUAAAACACUUUCUUUGCGUUUCUUGACCAAAAAGAAUAAUUGUUCUUGUUUCAUAAUCAAGAGUUUGUUUUUAAAUGUUUGACUCUGAUAACUUCUAUUUCAGGGUUAAUUCUGUAAAUGUUUAUCAGAAAUAUUGAUGACUUUAUUCUUGUUACAUUCUGAUUAUUUGAAUCCAACUUUUUUUCUUCUUGGAAAUGAUGACUGAAACAUUUACACGUGUAGAGACUCAGGAGUUUUACCAGAGUUUAGUUUUUAGGUGUUAUUUAUCUUCUGAGCUGGCAUUGGUGCUCUCUCUGUGUUUCAGCGGCUCUGCAGGCUCUGAAGAGGAAAAAACGUUACGAAAAGCAGCUGGCUCAGAUUGACGGUACGCUAUCCACCAUUGAGUUCCAGAGAGAGGCGCUAGAGAACGCCAACACCAACACGGAAGUGCUGAAGAAUAUGGGCUAUGCUGCCAAGGCCAUGAAGGCGGCUCACGAGGACAUGUAAGAGAGACUCUCAGGAACCGGUUCUUGAGUCUUAUUGUCUUUAAAUGGACACUUAUCUCUUCAUCAUUUCUUUCAUGCAUGUGUCUGCUCAUCUCACAGGGACAUAAACAAAGUGGACGAUCUGAUGGCAGAAAUCACAGAACAGCAGGAAGUGGCUCAGGAAAUCUCAGAUGUCAUUUCUAAACCUGUUGGUUUUGGAGAAGAGUUUGACGAGGUGAGAGCGAACAGAGUAAAACUGAAUAGAACAUGAUCAGCUGUCUGAGUAUGUAUCAGAGGUUUGUGUUUGCAGAGCUUCAUUAACUUGAGCAGAUUUACUGUUAAAGCUUGUGAUUUUCACCCCCCAAUCACUCAGUGUAACCACUGACUACAAGUUGUUUACCUCUACCUGAACACCAAACUGGAACCUGAACCUUCAUGCUCACAGCUAAGGUUGUCAAAAAUGAGAGCUGAUUUACAAAGUCAUCUUUACGCUCCAGAGUAUUAAAAAGUCCCAAAGUCUGUAAAAAAAAUUUCAUUUACACUGUGAAGAGCUCAGAGACACAUCCACCCCACUCCUCUAAAGAGCUGAAAGCUUCCAGGUUAGUUUGUGUGUCAGUCUCCUCUGCCCUCCAUCACAGACGCUGCCUCACUAACUCUGCUCACUCUCAUGUCUCAGGUUUGUCUUUAACACUCAAAUAAAGGUCCAUGGUGUAUCUGAGCGACUGUUUCAGCCCUCAAGUCCGCUCACACACAGAGGUGUUUCUGACUGUUUCUGGUUUGUUUGUGCAGGAUGAGCUGAUGGCUGAGCUAGAGGAGCUGGAACAGGAAGAGCUUGAUCAGAAUCUUCUGGAAAUCGAAGGAACAGCAGACGUUCCUCUACCAAGCGUACCGUCUACAUCACUACCAUCCAGACCAGGUACUCCAUGUCCCUUUGACCCUUGUGUACCUCUCAAUCCCUUUAAAUAUCAGCUUUAAGAUGAUUAUUCAGGUUUUAUUUCUGUUUUUUUUCUUCAUUUCUAGCCAAAAAGAAGGAGGAGGAAGACGAGGACGACAUGGCGGAUCUGGAGGCCUGGGCGGCUAACUAAGCUAGCACGCCCUGCUAGCUAUCCAGCGCCCCUCUUUAAUCUGUCUCUGUGCUACCAGGCUGCUCUCAGACAUCUGGAAGAGAGACAGGGACUCUGGGCUGCUGGCAUGCUGCUCCGUCUCAAAGCCUACGACCCGACACCUGACCCCGCCCCAACCCUGAAGUAUGCACCUGCUCACAAAUCGACAAGGGAGGAUCAAACACGCUCAAGCUGCUCCAUCUGUUCAUGUUAGAGUGUCACUGUAGGAGUGUCUGCUGCAGUUGCACACUCCUUCGAUUGAAAGGGUCAAAGUCAGACCCUCACAGCCUCUGUCAGAGAGCACCAACCAGCACCGAAGUCCAAAGAGUGCAAGUGCAUACUUCCAGGGCGGGGUUGUGGAGGAGCAGGGGAAGGCUUGUUUCCAGGAGGAAUGUGAAGAAUCAACAAAUGUUUGAGAAAAAUUUAAAACCAGAAAGACAAGAUGACCCCGCCAUUUUCCUGCUUCCUGCGUCUUCAUCUCUCUGCUCUUCUACGAUGACGGCGACGUCCGAUCGUCAACAGCGGCUCUGCAAAAACUCUGCUGCAGGAAAAUCAAAAUGUGGGAUUGUCUGAUUGAAGCGUUACCGUUUACCUUAAAAAAUAUGAAGUUUUACAGAAACAUCCUGUGAGGAGGAGCUCUGAAGUAAAAAGGUGGAAAAAAUCAAAAACCAAGGGAAGAAUAUUUUCAAUAAAGAGAUCUUUAUUUAAUCAGACAGAAGAAAUCCCAACAACAACAACAACAACACACCUCCAAUUUCAGACCUAAAAACAGUGGCAGAUCCUCAAAAACACUCUCCCUCUGCUUUACUGACACACACCUCUAAAAUUUGACAAAAAGGGAAAAAAAGGACCUCAGUGGGAAACGUUGAUUCAAUUCAGUGUAAGACAACUGUGAUGCUUUAAUUAAAGCUCCUUUUUCUGCAGCUACAAAUGCUCCAACAUGACUCAUCUCUAACCAGUCUAACCGGCUCAUCUGAAGGCAAUGAAACAGUCAGAAAACAGUCAGUAGAUCAUUGUGCGGCCUGAGCUUCAUUUGUACUUCAGUAGAAUCUCUGCUGCAGCUGACUCCAUCUGUUCGUGCAGCAGGGACGGUGUGGACAGGAAAUACAUAAUACAGAAUAGUUAGCUGUGGAAGUUCAGGGAAAAAGGGCAAGAGCCACGUUUUCAAAAAUAUCCAUACAGGAGCUUUAGACACAUAACAUGAGUCAUAUCGCAGCCUAACAUUUAUCAAACUAUCAGAGUUCCUGGAGCAGACCUGUAAUUCUGGUACUGGCCAGAGAGGGCGACAAUGUAGAAACCCAAUCAGUCAAUCAAACAGGCACAUCCUCCGUCCAACUUUAAUCUUUGACCCUCUACCUCUGUAGGGAGUCGGGCUCAACAGCCUGAUCAUGUGUGAUACCAAACUGGUUUCCUGUUGGUCCUGCUUUGAUCAGGAGCAGAGGGUUUUGACUCUACAGGACAGCUGAAUGAAGCUUCUGUCUGCCACAUUAAUUCAAACCAAACAAAACCCUUGACAGAGUAGGCGUGCACUGCCCAGGAAGACCUCCUGCUGUUUAUGCAAAAAAACUCUCAGUUGUUUACAAGCUCACAGUCUCUGACUCUUAACCAUGAAUGCAGUAACCUCCACAAAUGAAGGUGAUUGGCCCGCUCAUUUUCAGAAACAAGCGAAUCAGCUUGAAGCUUUGUGAGAUGUUUCUGCCUGAUGACACUUUUACACAUCAGCUCUGCAAAGUUCAGGCAGCCCCUCCCUGGUACAUCAACUGAUUUAUUUCAGUCUGAUUCUAAAAUGACAGAGAGAUUAGCUCUUUUUUGAACCAAAUUUUCUUUCUUUUGUUUCAUAAGUAAAAAUUUUCUCAUAUUUUAUGUUUUUGGGCCUCAGAGUCCAUCUACCUCCACCUCAGAGCUCCACCUUCAUGCUGUAGUCGAACAGUGACGUCCUCUGAGAGAGUCCCACAUGGUCUGACUUUAUGACGUGUGUGUGUGUGUGUGUGUGUGUGUGUGUGUGUGUGAGUGUGUUUUUCAGCCUUUGGACACAGAGACCUCUUGUGAAUAUUUAGUCACCCUGAGAGGGGGAGCUGGAUUUUCGUUUCCUCCCUUCUGCUCUGGAAUCACCUGUAGGGACAGAGUAAUUCAGAUGUGGACAGACUUAGAAAGACAGUUUGGUCUUCAUAAUCAAGUGAAAUUUAUUUGCUCACUGUAGCCUCGUUUAUUCUUUUAGCUCCACUCCCCUCCUCCUGUCUGCAGACAGGGUUAUGCAUGGCAGGUUUUCAGUUCAUAUAACAAAUGGUUAAGAUUGUAUUGAAACACGACUGGAGUCUUUCAAUAAAACAAACAUGAAUAAUUCUCAUGUUUCUGCUCAU